GGCGAUACGAGAACGAAACACGCGGAUGAACAGGUUAAACAAGGUUUUGAAGGUUAUCAACAACGAGGCCGGCUGCUUCAGGGAGAAAAGGUUAUCAAGUUUGAAUGGACGUCGAUGAGAAAUCACACAAGAAGGAAGCGGGGCGUAAGAAAAGACGACGUAGUAAUAAAGAGGAGCAGGUCGUCGAGGAUCAAGAAUCAAAGCCAGGAAAACGAAAAAAGACAGUGACUGAUCCUGCGUCUGAAGUCGACUCGAAGGAAUUGACGAGCCCGAACAAAGAAAUUGAAGACGAUGACGAGGCUGGAGUAUCGACUGAGGAGAGUCCUGCAAAGGGGCCUAAGAAACCUUCUAAAAGACAGAUAAAGAAGGAAAAGCUGGAGAGGAAAAUUGCCGAGCAAAAAGAAUCUAGUAAAUUGGAAGCUGCCCAAAAAGCAAUCACUUAUGUGUCUAAGUGGAAACACGCGAAAAGCGACUGGAAGUUUGAAAAACUGCGACAGAUAUGGUUGAUGGAUCAUUUGCUUGAUGACAAUUUGGUGCCAGACUCGAUAUUUCCUAUAGCUUUGGAAUAUUUUGAAGGCUGCAAAGGAAUGGCAAGGCAACAGCUAGUUAAAAAAAUGAUGGAAGUGAUAAAGAAAGUCGAAGAGCAGCUGGCCAGCAAUGAAGAUGAAACUGAGGUGACAGCCACUUCAGAAUACUCGAGAGCUAGACAAAUCCUUCAAGCACUCCCCACAGAGACUUGAAGGAGAUAUAAGAUUUUUACUUUUUAUUAAAAUUCCAGGUCUACAGGGGCUGUUAUACGAUUUGGUAUAUUUUUCAUUUAUAGCCAAUGUUGAUAGCGGUAAUGUCACUUUUUCGACUACCUAAU